AUGGCUUCGACGCGGUUCAAGAAUGUAAUUGCUGGUCAGUUAGCCAAACUGACUGGCUCGGACGCGAGCGCCAUUGCUCGGGCGAUCGAUCGACCGAAAGUUAAAGGACGCGGAACUUUUUCUAUCCCCUUGCCGCGGCUUCUUCCUGCUUCAGUUGCCUCAGGAGGGAAGAAGAGUGCUGGCAAGAGGACGACCUCUGAGUUGAAAGAGACUUUAGGAGUAGUAGCAGAGGCAGAAAGUGGGCGGAUACCGGAUGCGAGGGCUGCACUGUUAGCUCGGAUACAGAACGAGUUUGACACAAGUGGGAUGAUUCGAUCUGUCCAGCCCGCCGGCCAGUUCCUCAACUUUACAGUCAACGAACCCCAAUACCUGCACGAUACCAUCCAGGAUGUCGUUCGCGCCGAAAACGGCAAACAAUCCGCCCUCUUAUCUUCUACCUCCUCCACUUCAUCAUCGUCAACAGCAACAACAUCAACAUCGACGGGAAACUGGAACGCGCAUGUGGAGAGUCUCGGGGGGUUUGGAUAUCAGGUUGUUGGUAUUAAUUACCUUGGCGAUUGGGGGAAGCAGUACGGACUGAUGGCGGUGGGGUUUGAUAGGUAUGGGGACAGGACAAAACUGCACCAGGAUCCGAUCAAACACCUGUACGACGUGUACGUCCGGAUCAACCAGGACAUCACCACCAACCCGGGACUCGACAAACUCGCCAAUCAGUACUUUAAACAGAUGGAAGACGGUGACUCCGCAGUCCUCUCCCUCUGGCAAGAAUUCCGGUCCCUCUCAAUCGACUUCUAUCGCCGGAUCUAUAAACGCCUCGGGAUCGAGUUUGACAUAUACUCAGGAGAAUCUGAAUCUGCACGGUUUGUCCCGCAGGCUUAUGAGCUGUUGAGGAGGAAGGGGUUGUUGAAGGAAGAGGCGGAUGGGGCAUGGGUGGUGGAUUUGGAGGAGUUUGGGUUGGGUGUUUGUACGUUGCGACGGGCGGAUGGGACGACGUUGUAUUUGACUAGGGAUGUUGCGGCGUGUUUGGAUAGGGCGGAGAGGUUCAAGUUUGAUCGGCAUUUGUAUAUGAUUGGCGAUGAUCAGAACUUGCAUAUGAAGCGAUUGUUCAAGAUCAUGGAACUUGCCUUUGCCACCGAGGCCACUGAGGCCUCCAAGGAUCAGAAGCAACAGGAGCAUUGGAGUCGAUCAUUGCAGCAUAUCUCGUUCGGAAAGGUGCAAGGCAUGUCGACCAGGAAGGGUAACGCCGUCUUCUUGGAAGACAUCCUCGACACGGCCCAGAGUACCAUGCUCGAGAAGAUGAAGGAGAACCAGGCAAAGUUCGACGCCGUCAAGGAGUCGUCUUCUGGAAAGGAGGGAGAAGGGAGCGUGGAAUCGGUGGCGGACCAGUUGGGAAUCUCCGCGGUCGUGAUCCAGGAUUUCCAGGCAAAGAGUCACAAGGGGUACGAGUUUUCUUGGAAGCGGAUGACCGAGUCUACGGGGAACACGGGCAUUUAUCUCCAGUACGCCUACGCGCGCCUCUGUGGCAUUGCGGACAAGUCAAGCACAACGCUAAACACAUCCGCGAAGACAUCCCUACUCACAGAACCAGAAGCCUACGAACUCGCCAACAUGAUCUCCCAAUACCCCGACAUCACCCUCUCAACCCUCCACACCCUCGAACCAUCGACCAUCGUCAACUACCUCUUUGGCCUUUCACAUGCAAUCAGUUCUGCAAACCAAGUCUUGCAGGUGAAAGCUGCGGCUGAGGCGGGGGAGAAGGAGUUGGCAGAGGCGAGGUUCUUGUUGCUUUGGUGUGCGCGUGUUACGUUAGGGAAUGGAAUGCGGAUCUUGGGGCUUGAGCCUUUGGAGAGGAUGUGA